GGAGGUGGCUCUCUUGGCUCUACCUGCAGGUCCUGCGAGGGCGAGCUGAGGUGGAGAAAGGGCGCAGACCUGGAAAAGGGUGAGUCAGGCACGGUCUACGUGGUAAAGGGAGGCGGCACCGCGGUAUAGGGCUGAAUUAAGUAAAUGGACCUGUGCUGCAGUCUCUCCGGAGACACCACGAUCUUAGCGCCGGCGAGAGGAGGGUGAGGAGGAGCCAGAGCCCGGUCCUUGCACCCGUCCUCGCCCUCGGCACCGCGCCGCCAUCUCCACCAUGCAGUCCCGGGAAGAAGCUCCGCGUUCUCGCCGCCUCGCCAGUCCCCGCGGAGGGAGGCGGCCCAAGAGGAUUCACAAGCCAUCCGUUUCGGCUUUUUUCACGGGCCCGGAGGAGCUGAAGGACACGGCCCAUUCUGCAGCCCUGCUGGCACAGCUCAAGUCCUUCUACGAUGCACGGCUGCUAUGUGAUGUGACCAUCGAGGUGGUGACACCUGGCAGCGGGCCUGGCACAGGCCGCCUCUUCCCCUGCAACCGUAAUGUGCUGGCUGCCGCGUGUCCCUACUUCAAGAGCAUGUUCACCGGCGGCAUGUACGAGAGCCAGCAGGCGAGCGUGACCAUGCAUGAUGUGGAUGCUGAGUCCUUCGAGGUCUUGGUUGACUACUGCUACACGGGUCGCGUGUCCCUGAGUGAAGCCAACGUGGAGCGCCUCUACGCGGCCUCCGACAUGCUACAGCUGGAGUAUGUGCGAGAAGCCUGUGCCUCCUUCCUAGCCCGCCGCCUAGACCUGGCCAACUGCACCGCCAUCUUUAAGUUUGCCGACGCCUUUGGCCAUCGCAAGCUGCGAUCGCAGGCCCAGUCCUUUAUAGCUCACAACUUCAAGCAGCUCAGUCAGAUGGGUUCAGUUCGGGAGGAGACUCUGGCAGAUCUGACCUUGGCCCAGCUGCUGACCGUCCUGCGCCUGGAUAGUCUAAACAUAGAGCAUGAGCAGACUGUGUGUCACGUAGCUGUGCAGUGGUUGGAGGCAGCUCCUAAGGAGCGGGGUCCCAGCGCUGCAGAAGUCUUCAAGUGUGUCCGCUGGACACACUUCGCUGAUGAAGAUCAGCAUUACCUAGAAGGGCUGUUGACCAAGCCCAUUGUGAAGAAGCACUGUCCGGACCUUAUUGAAGGGGCCAUUCAGAUACGAUACGGUGACAUGUUGUACAAGUCUGUGGUGCCUAAGUCAGAGGACAGCAGCAGCUCUGUUGUAUCCGCAGCAGAAAAUCCACCCCAGAGGCUAGGUGUGUGUGCCAAGGAGAUGGUGAUCUUCUUUGGACAUCCCAGAGAUCCCUUUCUAUGCUGUGACCCAUACACGGGGGAUAUUUACAAAGUGCCGUCGCCUUUAACCUGCCUUGCUCACACUAGGACUGUCACCACCUUAGCAGUCUGUGUUUCUCCAGACCAUGACAUCUAUCUAGCUGCCCAGCCCAGGAAGGACCUCUGGGUAUAUAAACCAGCCCAGAAUAGUUGGCAGCAACUUGCAGACCGCUUGCUCUGCCGUGAGGGCAUGGAUGUGGCAUACCUCAAUGGCUACAUUUACAUUUUGGGUGGGCGAGACCCUAUUACCGGAGUUAAAUUGAAGGAAGUGGAAUGCUACAGUGUUCAGAGGAACCAGUGGGCGCUGGUGGCUCCACUACCCCAUUCUUUUAUAUCCUUUGACCUAAUGGUAAUUCAGAACUAUCUUUAUGCUCUCAACAGUAAGCGCAUGUUCUGCUAUGAUCCUAGCCAUAAUAUGUGGCUGAAGUGUGUUUCUCUUAAGCGCAAUGACUUUCAGGAAGCCUGUGUCUUCAAUGAUGAGAUCUAUUGUAUCUGUGACAUCCCGGUCAUGAAGGUCUACAAUCCAGUCAGAGGAGAAUGGAGGCAGAUAAAUAAUAUUCCCUUGGUGUCAGAGACCAACAACUACCGAAUUAUCAAUCAUGGCCAAAAAUUGUUGCUAAUCACCUCGCGCACCCCACAGUGGAAAAAGAACCGGGUGACCGUGUAUGAAUAUGACACUAGGGGAGACCAGUGGAUUAAUGUAGGUACCACGUUAGGCCUCUUCCAGUUUGAUUCUAACUUUUUUUGCCUUUCAGCUCGUGUUUAUCCUUCCUGCCUUGAAUCUGGUCAGAGUUUCCUCACUGAGGAAGAGGAUGUACCAAGUGAAUCUAGUACUGAAUGGGAUUUAGGUGGGUUUAGUGAGCUGGACUCUGAGUCAGGAAGUUCAAGUUCUUUAUCUGAUGAUGAUUUGUGGGUUCAAGUAGCACCUCAGUGAAAUGUACAGGACCAGCAGAGUUAGUUGUACAUAGGCUGAAACACUAGAUGUUUUUACUGCUUUGGAAAAUAUCUUAAAGAGAUACCCUUUCCCUUUGCUGGAAAAAAAGUUGAUUAAUUUCAGGUUUAGUUUGGAAAGGGUAUGGUUUGAAAUAGUAAUGUAAUUUAAUGUUACAGAAUUUGAACGCUCAAAUCAACCUAUUUAAUAAUUUACUGUUCUAAAAGUCUAGUAUUGAUUUGAUUGUUUAAUAUGUUUAUGUUUGAUUAUACUAAUUUAGUCUUCUCUUAUUAAAUCUUGCAUUCUGUUGAGUGCCACAAGUAUUGUAACUUGAAUUUUAAUUUUUCUCAUAGAAUACCAAUUAGAUAGGAAUUACUAGAUAGGGUUUUGAAAGAAUGUAUUUUCCUUCAGAACAGUGUAGUAGAUUUCCAAAACUUUAAACUAGUGGAUUUUUACAAAAUGUGUUCUAACUUAAAUAUAGUUUGCUAAGUUUUAGUUUAGUUUCCUCCCCUUUUGUGAAGGAAAAAAGUACAUAUAUGUUUAAUGUGACUGAAUGGUGAUUUUAUUUUUAAUAAUAUACAGAAUGGCUGUAAGCUCACUGAAAGUAAAAACAAACAAACAAACAGGAAUCUACUGUUUUAAAAGAAAUUGCAGUUUUAAAUUUGUAAUAUAAAAUGUGUAUUUGCAAAUCAUGGCCAAUUUUCCGUCUAAAAAAUUCCAUUCUAGUAGUGUCACCAAUCAUCUAAAAACCUUAAAGGAACAAACAGUGACUUGCUUUGUAUGUUUAUAUUUUUUAUCUAUACUUGAUAGAUGCUUCAUUGAAUCAGAGGAAUAAUCCUUUUUUUUCACUGGACAUGAUUGUGUAAAUUUUUAUCCAUUGUCUUAAAAAGUUUAUGUAAUUCUUAAAAUAUUUUGGCUGUACAGUUUUGAUGUUCAUCUUAGAAGAUUCAUCACCAAGAUGUGAUUAUUCUUUACUAUUUUGUGAGGUAAUAUUGAUUUUGAAAAUAUGUAUGAGCUAAGAACAGUAUUUUAUUGAAAUCAGUAGUUAUUGUGUCUAUCAACUAUAAAAUCAAGUGCCAGCAAAGAACUUUAAAACUAUAAAUUGCGGCCAGGCCCCGUGGCUUAGAGGUUAAGUGCACGUGCUCUGCUACUGACGGCCCGGGUUGGGAUCCCGGGCGCGCACGACGCACUGCUUCUCCGGCCAUGCUGAGGCUGUGUCCCACAUACAGCAACUAGAAGGAUGUGCAACUAUGACAUACAACUAUCUACUGGGGCUUU